AUGCCCCCUGAAUACGAUGAUUUGGAUAUAACUGCGCCUAAUGAAGGUUGUAGCUUAUUCAGUAUUUGUAAUACACUUUUUUUACCUUUAAUCUUACAAAUAUUAAUAAUGAGUGAAACUGAUUGGGACAACAUUACAGUUAUUCGUAAACGUUCAGAUCAAGCAAAGGUUGCCAAAGGAGAUUCUAAUAUUAAUGCAGCUAGACGUGCAGGUGCUGUAGUAGGUGUAGAACGGAAGGUCGCAGGUGGAACUAAUAGAAGUCAUUCAAAUACUGAACAUCAAAAAAUAGCUAAACUUGAUCGUGACAAUGAGGUCGCACCACCUCCAAAGCUAAGCUUAACAGUUGGUAAGGCAAUUCAACAAGCCAGGCAAGCCAAAGGAUUAACACAAAAAGAACUUGGACAAAAAGUCAACGAAAAGGCUAAUGUUAUUAAUGAUUAUGAGAUGAGUAGAACAAUUCCAAAUCAACAAAUCCUUGCAAAGCUUGAAAGAGUCUUGGGUGUUAAAUUACGUGGUAAAAAUGAAUCAUUCCGUUAA